AUGGCCAUGGAGCAGGGAAGAGUGACGGAAUUCGAAGGAAAGAGCCUCGACCAGAUACAAAUUGAGCCUGAAGGGAGAGCAGUAGAGAUCCUCUCACAAACGGACGGGCUAAAAGAAACUUCAAGCGGAGAACCUUCAACCAUUCAUCCAGAUGCACCCCAUGGUAGUGGCAGUGCCCCUUCUGAACGUCACGCCCCCUCUGACCCCGCCCUCUCUGACCCCGCCCUCUCUGAUCCCGCCCUCUCUGAGCCCGCCCUCUCUGAGCCCGCCCUCUCUGAGCCCGCCCUCUCUGAACCCGCCCUCUCUGAACCCGCCCUCUCUGAGCUCGCCCCCUCUGAUCCCGCCCUUUCUGAGCUCGCCCUCUCUGAGCCCGCCCUCUCUGAGCCCGCCCUCUCUGAACCCGCCCUCUCUGAUCCCGCCCUCUCUGACCCUGCCCUCUCUGAACCCGCCCUCUCUGAGCUCGCCCCCUCUGAUCCCGCCCUUUCUGAGCUCGCCCUCUCUGAGCCCGCCCUCUCUGAGCUCGCCCUCUCUGAGCCCGCCCUCUCUGAGCUCGCCCUCUCUGAGCCCGCCCUCUCUGAACCCGCCCUCUCUGAUCCCGCCCUCUCUGACCCGCCCUCUCUGAGCUCGCCCUCUCUGAUCCCGCCCUUUCUGAGCCCGCCCUCCUCUGAGCUCGCCCUCUCUGAGCCCGCCCUCUCUGAGCUCGCCCUCUCUGAGCCCGCCCUCUCUGAGCUCGCCCUCUCUGAUCCCGCCCUCUCUGAGCCCGCCCCCUCUGAUCCCGCCCUUUCUGAGCUCGCCCCCUCUGUUCCCGCCCUCUCUGACCCCGCCCCCUCUGACCCCGCCCCCUCUGAGCUCGCCCUCUCUGAUCCCGCCCUCUCUGAUCCCGCCCUCUCUGACCCCGCCCCCUCUGACCCCGCCCCCUCUGAGCUCGCCCUCUCUGAUCCCGCCCUCUCUGAUCCCGCCCUCUCUGAUCCCGCCCUCUCUGAUCCCGCCCUCUCUGAGCUCGCCCUCUCUGAGCUCGCCCUCUCUGAUCCCGCCCUCUCUGAUCCCGCCCUCUCUGAUCCCGCCCUCUCUGAGCUCGCCCUCUCUCUGAUCCCGCGCUCUCUGAGCUCGCCCCCUCUGUUCCCGCCCUCUCUGACCCCGCCCCCUCUGACCCCGCCCCCUCUGAGCUCGCCCCCUCUGAGCUCGCCCUCUCUGAGCUCGCCCCCUCUGUUCCCGCCCUCUCUGACCCCGCCCCCUCUGACCCGCCCCCUCUGA